CAAAAGAAAAAGAGACAGUAAACCAAUUUCGCUGAUGAGGACUUCCUUAUAAAUAAUGGCCAUCUCAUCCGCAAAAUCCAUCAGCAUACACGGCUAGCUGAAUGUUAUACAGCAGAAGAAAGAGAAUCAGAUAAGAUGGCGAGAGCCCUGUUCUCUCUGUUGUGUGUCACAAUCAUUCUUCUGAGCUCUGUAGGCUGCAACAAUGGCGGAUCUAUCCCAUCCCACAAGGAGGCUCUGUUUGUGUUCGGAGAUUCUCUCUUCGAUCCUGGCAAUAGCCGAUACACCAACACUACCCAGAGAGAUACACCAUCUCACUGGCCUUAUGGUAUCACCUACUUCAAGCAUCCCACUGGCAGAAUCUCCGACGGCCGUGUCGUCCCUGAUUUCAUAGCUCUGUUUGCAAAGUUGCCUAUAUUUCAAGCAUAUCUGAAACCAGGAGCUCAAGACUACACUAAUGGAGCCAAUUUUGCUUCUGGUGGAGCAGCUGUUCUUAAUCUAGCCCCUUUUGGAAUCUCUUUCCCGAAACAAGUGAGCUACUUGAAAGAUGUGGUAAAUUCACUGAAACAAAAAUACGGUGAAAAAGAAGCCAAUAGGAUAAUGGGGAGUGCUGUGUACUUGUUCAGUAUAGGAGGCAAUGAUUACUUCAGACUAUCCCAAAACCUCACAGCUUUAGAGCAAGCCCAACACGUCCAAAACGUCAUUGGCAACUUGACAAACUCUCUCAAGGAGGUAUACAGGCUAGGAGGCAGAAAAAUCGCGUUUCAAAACGUAGGACCAUUGGGAUGUACACCAUCUAACAGAGCAACAACCACUAAUCCUAGCGGUCGCUGCGUUGAAUUCUUACUGGCAAUGGCUAGGCGACACAACAGGGCUCUGUCUGUAGCACUUCACAAGUUACAGAGCACGUUGCCUGGAUUCAAGUAUUCCAUAUUCGAUUACUACAAGGCACUUUUAGACAUGAACAACAAUCCUUCCAAAUAUGGGCUUAAGGAAGGGAAAUCAGCAUGCUGUGGGAACGGAGCGUACAGAGGAAGUGGGUGUGGAGGAGGAUUCAGUGGGAACGAGACGUUCCAGGUAUGCAGCAAUCCAAGUGAGUAUGUGUGGUUUGAUGGAGGCCAUACCACUGACAGUGCCAACAAGAAAUUAGCAGAGCUCAUAUGGCAUGGAUCUCCACAUGUCACAGGGCCUUAUACUGUGAAGCAGCUAUUUGAAUCUCACUAACAUAUAUAGCUUACUAUUGCCUUUUUCUUUAUGUAUGUAUGCUUUGUAUAAUAAAGCUUCCUGGCUUUUUGUGAUUA